CUCGCCAUCUUUCCGCUGCUCACCGUGUCCGACCGUGUCGUGCUAUCAUUGCCAUUGCACAGCAUGUCUACGAACGGCGCAUCUAUCCCUGUGGGCGCGUCUGCGGCUGUUCUCAAGCCUUCCGAGCCUGUGCCGGACGUCGCGGUGUCGGUGGAAGGACCGAACUUCGACCAGGAUGUCUCUCUUGCCCAGCUGCUCGACAGCUACAAGCGUAUUGUCAACCAAAUGGUGAGUCCCCGCCAUGCAUCCGCCCAAACCGUCCAUAAUCGCCGUUCACAGAGAAAAUGGCGGCUUUCGGACGAGCCUCUCACGGAGGACGAGUCAGAAGAAUAUCGACCUCAGGAGGUACGGGAGCAGACCAAAUGCGACGUGUUCUUGGGCUACACUUCCAACCUCAUCUCGUCCGGUCUGCGCGAAGUCAUCCUGCACCUCGUAAAGCACAAGCACGUCCGAGCCAUUGUGACUACAGCUGGAGGCAUCGAAGAAGACUUCAUAAAAUGCCUAGGCAAGACGUACCUUGCUGACUUCAAUCUGGACGGGGCAGACCUCCGGCGACGGGGAAUGAAUCGUAUUGGCAACCUCGUCGUGCCGAAUGACAACUACUGCAAAUUCGAGGACUGGCUUACGCCUAUCUUGGACCAGAUGCUUGCUGAGCAGAAGGAAACCGGGGAGGUAUGGUCGCCUAGCUCCUUCAUCAGAAGGCUUGGGCAGGAAAUCAAUAACGAAGAGUCUGUGUACUACUGGGCGUACAAAAACGACAUCCCUGUGUUCUGUCCUGCCCUGACAGAUGGGUCACUGGGCGACAUGAUCUACUUCCACUCAUUCAAAAACCCGGGCCUGAUAGUUGACAUCGUACGCGACAUCCGCGCUCUCAACGAGCUGUCCCGCAAGUCGAAGAAGGCGGGGAUGAUAAUCCUCGGCGGCGGUGUCUGUAAGCACCAAAUAGCCAAUGCAAUGCUCAUUCGCAACGGUGCCGACUUUUCGGUAUACAUAAACACCGGGCAGGAGUUCGACGGAUCCGAUUCCGGUGCCCGACCUGACGAAGCGGUCUCGUGGGGGAAGAUCCGUGCAGGCUCAGAGUCUGUGAAGGUUUUCGCGGACGCCACGCUUGUUUUCCCCCUCCUGGUGGCUGCGACUUUCGCACAGGAUGUACCCCGACAAAAUGGAGCUUAGUCACUAGAAUGGCUGUCACUGGUACUAGUGUACGGUACCGGGCAGAAAGUAAAAUGUAGCAUUAUCGAAGUGUAGCCAUAUGUGCACGGAGAAUAUUUCAUGUCCACGAUUUCAUUGCC